AUGGACCUAUCUGAUUCUGAUAUCGAGUUCAGGGUGUUUUCGGUUUGUAUGGCGCUAUCUUCCCAUCAUCAUCCAUCUAACCAUGUGAAAGGCGGCGUUAUUGUCACCAAAGACUUCCUCGAUGUCCAUCACCUAGGUGGCCCUCAGAAAACCUCUCUGCUUGGGACUGUGACCGCAAUAUAUGACAUCGGGUGUUUCUUUGGCGCGAUCAUAGCAGUCUGGAUGGGCGAGAGACUCGGACGAAAGAAAUCCGUGCUUGUCGGCACCACGAUCAUGAGUGUCGGUGCCAUUAUACAAAUCACCUCCUUCAGCACCGCCCAGAUGAUCGUUGGCCGAAUCGUCGCGGGUGUCGGCAAUGGCAUCAACACCGCGACCGCCCCUGUCUGGCAGACCGAGACGUCGGCGAUCAAGUGGCGAGGGAAGCUCGUGGUCAUUGAACUCAUCCUCAAUAUCGCCGGCUUCUCUCUUUCCAACUGGGUGACCUACGGGUUUUCUUUCGUUGGCGGACCUAUUGCAUGGAGAUUCCCACUCGCCUUCCAGUUCAUCUUCAUCAUCGUUAUCUAUUCGACUGUCCCGUGGCUACCUGAGUCACCGAGAUGGCUUAUAGCACACGAAUACGAAGACGAAGCGUUCAAAAUCCUUGCCGACCUCGAGAACAGAUCCGAAGACGAUCCAUUCAUCCUCACCCAGCACAAGGAGAUCGUGUAUACUGUUCAGUAUGAGCGCGAGAACGCCGUCCGAUGGCUCGACCUCCUCCGAGGCCGGACUGGUGACAAGGGAGGCACCAAAACCAUCCGGCGCCUGCUCCUCGGUGCAGGGACUCAAGCUUUUCAGCAGCUGGCCGGCGUCAAUGUCACAAGUUACUAUCUGCCAACGGUGCUGAUUCAGUCUGUGGGACUGGAGGAAAAAAUGGCCCGACUUCUAGCGGCAUGCAAUAGCGUGUCAUACCUUCUCUUUUCAUUGAUCGGAAUCCCCAACGUGGAGAGAUGGGGGCGCCGCAAUAUGAUGAUCUUCGCGGCCUCGGGACAAUCCUUCUGCUACCUGAUCAUCACCAUUCUCAUUCGAUACAAUGAGAAGCCAGGAUACACUCACACCCAUGAAGUCGCCUCUGCCUCGGUGGCCUUUUUUUUUUUAUAUUAUGUGUUUUUCGGGAUCGGAAUGCAGGGCGUCCCAUGGUUGUACCCGACAGAGAUCAAUUCCCUAUCCAUGAGAACCAAAGGUGCCGCCAUCGGGACUGCGACUAACUGGAUCUUCAACUUUAUGGUCGUCGAGAUCACGCCUAUCGGAAUUCAAAACCUCCACUGGCAGUUCUAUAUCGUGUGGACUGUGCUGAACGCGUCAUUCGUCCCUCUCAUGUACUUCUUCUAUCCCGAGACAGCUGGUCGCUCGCUCGAAGAUAUCGACGACUACUAUCGCACCAACCCGCCCUUGUUGGUAUUCAGGGACAAAGACGUCACUUCCAGCAAGAGACCCGAGAAAUACAGGAUCCGAGAAGAAGAGGAAGUCCGGAGAAACUCGGCAGUCGAUCCUAUUGUCUUCAGACGUGGCAGCAGAGUCAGUAUUGGUGCUGCCGGCGCUCAAGCGCGACAGGUCCAACUUGCGGUCGCGCGGCAACGCGAUCGUGAGGAAGAUUAUGAGGGAAAGACUGAGGCAGGAGAUUAUGAGCGCGAGAGAGUCUCUCAUAAGGAGGAUGCCUGA